AUGCCGCCUCCACUGCCAAGGGCCUUCUUCCGGCCUUCAGGCCUCGCAGCGCAGACCUGUCUGAAAUCCAUCGCCCGCCCCAGAAUCCUCGCCCGUCCUGGUGCGACAGCAACACCAUCCUCCUCCUGCAACACCUCAACCCGCAAGUUCCACAGCACCCCGCGCGCCCGCGCCUCCGAACCGCCCCCAGACUUCAUCUCCAUAGUCGACAAUCCCCCCGACCUGGUCCGCGCCGGCCGCCGCCACGGCCCGGGUCUCAUCAUCCUCGCCCUGAUCCCUAUAACCGCCUUCGCCCUCGGCACAUGGCAAGUCCAGCGCCUCGGCUGGAAGACGGACCUUAUCGCCAAGUUCGAGGACCGCCUCGUCCGCGACCCGCUGCCCCUUCCGCCCAAGAUCGACCCCGAAGCCGUCGCAGAGUUCGACUACCGCCGCGUCUACGCCACGGGGCGCUUCCGCCACGACAAGGAGAUGCUCAUCGGGCCAAGGAUGUGGGACGGCGAGCAGGGCUACAUGGUCGUCACGCCGCUGGAGCGCGAAGGGGACGGGACCACAGUGCUGGUGAACCGCGGGUGGAUCAGCAAGGACAUGGCGGACCAGCGCAAGAGGCCGGCGAACGCGCUGCCGAGGGGCGAGGUCACGGUCGAGGGCUUGCUGCGGGAGCCGUGGAAGAAGAACAUGUUCACGCCGGAUAACCGCCCGGACCGCUGGGAGUUUUUCUUCCCUGACGUGCACCAGAUGGCGGAGCUGACGGGGAGUCAGCCCGUUUGGAUUGAGGCUACUAUGGACCAUGAGUUCUUCCGCGUCAUUGACCUCAAGUCCAGGGGUAUCCCUAUCGGAAGAGCCGCCGAGGUGAACCUGCGGAACAACCAUGCCCAGUACAUCUUCACUUGGUACGGGCUUGCGUUUGCCACCUCAAUUAUGUUGUGGAUGGUCGUCAAGAAGCCCCCAUCCGACGUGUCACGACGGGUGCGCAUGAAUAAGCACUGGUAA